AUGGCAAAGAUUAGAAAUGGGUUUUUCAAGAAACCUUUCAUUACACCUGUUCCAUCAGUUGCUACCACAGCAACUGAUUCAAGCAUUUCAGAGUACACAAAUUGUUCUUAUUCUCAGAGUAACCAGAAGAUGUCCGAUAAUAUUGUUGUGUCUUCACUUAAUAUGGAACUUUUGGAUUGCCCAAUAUGCUGUGAACCCUUUACAACUCCAAUUAUUCAGUGUGAAAAUGGGCAUGCAACAUGCAACGCAUGCUCGAAGAAGACUCAAAAGUGCCAUUCUUGCACCCUGCCUAUCAGGAGAAUGAGGAACCGGAUUCUGGAAGAUGUUGCUGAGUCUUUGAGAGUUUGUUGCUCGUUCAAGAAUUAUGGAUGCCCAGAAACUGUUAGGUACCCCGAUAAGAUCAACCACGAAAAGUUCUGUUCUUUUAUAGAGUGUUCAUGCCCCAUUGAAGUUUACAAUGUCAAUGGAACCUCUGAAAUGAUUUAUGCUCACUGUAAAGUGAUGCAUAAAGAUUUUGUGAAGCCGUUUGUUUUUGGUCGUAAAUUCCUUGUUUCUGUCUGGCUGAAUGAUAAUUUCUUUAUUCUCCAAGAGGAAAACACAGACAUUGUGUUUGUUCUGAACAACACAACGUGUUCUUAUGGGAAAUAUUCUGACAAUGUGUUGUCUUGGACCGUUAGCAGCUGGAUGCUGCCCCUAUGA